AUGGCGCCACCUUUCUCUUCUUCAUGGAUACCGGCACCUAGCACAGGGACGGGGCCUCGUGCUGUCGUGGACGAACAAAGCAACGUCAACAGCACCCAACGUAGUCCCACGGGCACCACUGUCGGCAACGUAGAAAGCAACGCCGGCGGCAGCCACUACAAUCCCAGGGGCACCAGCAACGGCCGUGUCGUCCUCGUAACAAUACAAAGCCACGCCGACCGAAGCAACAGUAAUCACAAAGGCACCGCCGCUGACCGCCGCAGGGCAAGCUCGAGGUCACUCCAGAUCACCUCUGUCAACGUGUCGGGCGAACCUGCGGGUACGCACCCUGGCGCCCAAGAAAACAACCAGCUGAAGCAUGUGUUCCCCGCAACGCCGCAGAGCGUAGUACGGGAGAGGAAGAGGACGGCCUCCCGCUUGGCGGCCUUGCCGGCAUCGACGACAACAAACAGCGCCGCUACCAGGCGCAAUAACAACAGCAACACGGUGGCGGCAGCACGAGCAAAGAAGCACACCGUCCUGACAUGGCUGAUCGACGCCGGGGUGCUCAAGGAGAAAGAGAAGCUCCUCUACAUGCCUGAGUCAGAGCUCGCGGCGGCCGGCAAUAACAGCAACGGCGGCGCCGCAAAGGGCAUCACCGGCACAGUCACCAGGGCCGGCAUCCAUUGCAGCUGCUGUGACACCACCAUGCCCCUCCCGGCGUUCACCUCCCACGCCAGCCCCGACGCCAAGACCUCGCAGUCGGCGUGGGAGCGUGUCCGUCUCAUGUCUCGCAAGCCGCUGCUGCGGUGUGUGCAGGAGGCGUGGGAGCGGGAGCGCAUGAGGAAGUUCAGCGCGGAGGAGAAGGCGAAGGCGGCGCUGGAGCAGGCCGCUCCCGAGGGCAUCAAUGGUGAGGUCGACGGGGACCAGAGCGACGACGCGUGCGCCGUGUGCGCGGACGGUGGGCAGCUUCUAUGCUGCGACAGCUGCCCGUCGACGUUCCACCCGGAGUGCCUCGGCGUGCAGGUCCCCGAGGGCUCCUGGAUCUGCCACUACUGCCGGUGCUUCCUGUGCCUCGCCAGCGACGGCGGCCUGGCCACGUGCCAGCAGUGCGCUCGCAAAUAUCACGAACACUGCCGUCCGUCGCUGUUGGCCGGGGAUAUGAUCGGCUCCUACUGUAGCGAAACCUGCAACAAGAUGGCUGCGAGGCUGUCGGAGAUGGUGGGAGCCACGAACGCGGCCGGCGGAGAUGGCUUCUCCUGGUCCCUGCUGAAGAUCCACAAGGGCUCUGCAGCAGACUGCUCGGCCACCGUCAUGGAGUGCAAUGCAAAGCUGGCGGUGGCAUUGGGCGUGCUUGGCGAAUGCUUCAACCCUGUGAAGGACCGGCUGACCGGCAUCAACAUGCUCCGCCAGGCCGUCUACAGCCUCGGAUCGGAGUUCAAGCGGCUGAGCCUUGAAGGGUUCUACACCAUGGCCCUGGAGAAGGACGCGGAGAUCGUCUCGGUCGCGUUGCUAAGGUUCCAUGGCAGCAAGCUGGCGGAGAUGCCGUUCGCGGGCACGCUGCCGCACUACCAGAAGCAGGGGCUGAUGCGCCGCCUCGUCAACGCCGUGGAGCAGGUGCUGGCGUGGUUGCAGGUGGAGACGCUGGUGAUCCCGGCGGUGCCGGAGGUGGCGGACACGUGGAAGCGGUCCUUCGGUUUCGCGCCCGUGGAGCCGCGUCUGAGGGAGCACGCCAAGCGGCUCAGCAUGGUGGUCGUCAACGGUACCACCCCGCUCCAGAAAACCAUCGUCCUCGCCGCCGCCCCACCAGGACAGCCACGCGGCGAGGAGAGCCGGGCUGCACCAGCGGCGCCGCCGUUGAGCGAGGACGAGCUGGCGUUCCUGGAAAUGAGCUGGCCGGCGUGCAGCUUCACUGACCUCGUCGCCGGGAUCGCGUGCUCCCCGCAGCCCUUCAGCGCUGACCCAUUGGCCGCCGCCGUCAGGGGUGGUGGGGGCGCUAUCCUGGAGAGGAGCGACCAAAGGUUUAGCGGCGAGGCGGCGGGCAUGCAGCUCGGGCGGCAGCUGCAGAAACAUCAACAAAUGAAUGAUCGUGCGUGCUGA